CCAGGGCAGUGCGUGGACACCGGAGCCGGGCAGAGAAAUUUGUGGAAGCAGCCCAGAAGGAGCGGACGGACCCAAUCCUUCAGAAAAGGUCACAGCUCAAUUAACUGGACGUCUGCCCUCUUGACUGCUGGAAAUCCCUGACGGAGUAACCGCUUUACCUGCUGCGGGAUGAAUAAGCAGCUGACCGGGGCUUUAAGGAACUUGGCAUGCGGCGAGUCAAAGCAUCCAGAAAGAAAGUUGAAGCAGUUAAACUGGCGCAGAGUGGCCGGAGCGAUCAGUUCAUUUACUUUUCAUCCACUCCGUUGUCAUCCUUCUGACAAUGGGAUGAUUGCGUUCUACUGAACCUGAAACAACCCCAGCAAAGACCUCCUCCUGAUGUCAGACGAUUCAGACUCCAAGCCCUAUCCCUUGCCGGUUCCGGCAGAUCGGGAUGGAGCCUCAGCUUCGAGCAGUCCCAUGGCACAGAUGCGUUGGGUGGGCAGCUAUGCCCAGAGCAGACCUGACCUUGGACUGCCCUCUGAGGGCAGUGAUAGUAGCGGUCAGGACCCCGCCAUCUCUCCUCACAACGUGCGCAAGACAACGCGUUCUCGGUUGUCCCCUGAGGAGGACGUGGAGAUGAAGAGCAGUGGGUCCAGCGGCAGCGGGACAGAAUCGCAUGGCAAUGAGAGUCAUGGCAACGAGAGUCAUGGGAAUGAUAGCAACGGCCAUGAGUCAAUGGGAAGCUCCACCAGCCGCAGUAAAGACUCAGCAUUGCUAGAAUCUUUAGGCAGCAAUAAAAGUUCCAACUCCCACAGCCCAUCUCCUCCCAGCAGCUCCAACGCCUACAGUCUGCUGAGCUCGGAGCAGGACAACCCUUCAACCAGCGGCUGCAGUAGUCAGGAGUCUGCGAAAGCCAAGAACCAGAAGGAGGUGAUUAAAACGCUGAAGGAGCUCAAACUCCACGUGCCAGCUGACAAGCAGCACAACAGCAAGUCGACCACACUGAGCGCGCUGAAAUAUGCCCUGCGCUGUGUGAAGCAAGUGGAAGCGAAUGAGGAGUACUACCAGAUGAUGAUGGUCAAUGACAGUCAUCCUUCUGGCCUGGAGGUUUCUUCUUACACCAUAGAGGAGAUAGACAGCAUCACUUCAGAGUACACCCUCAAAAACAACGACAUUUUUGCAGUGGCGGUUUCCCUGAGCACAGGAAAAAUCAUCUAUAUAUCUGACCAGGCUGCCUCCAUCCUCAACUGUAAAAGAGAUGCGUUCAAAGACUCUAAGUUUGUGGAGUUUCUGAUGCCACAGGAUAUCAGUGUGUUCUACAGCUUCACCACCCCUUACCGCCUGCCCUCCUGGAGCAUGUGCACUGGAGCAGAUCCGUCUCCUUCUGACUGUAUGCAGGAGAAGUCCUUUUUCUGUCGUAUCAGUGGCGGUAACGGGUUCGAGGGUGAUUUGCGGUACUAUCCGUUCCGCAUGACCCCUUAUCUGAUGAAGGUGCAGGAUAUGGCUCAUGAUGAAGACCAGUUCUGCUGCCUCCUGCUGGCUGAGAGGGUUCACUCUGGAUACGAAGCACCCAGAAUUCCACCAGAUAAGCGCAUUUUCACCACCACACACACUCCAAAUUGUGUAUUUCAGGAUGUGGAUGCAAGGGCCGUUCCUCUCCUUGGCUACCUCCCCCAGGACCUCAUCGGUACUCCAAUUCUUUUCCACCUGCAUCCCAACGACAGGCCCGUCAUGCUGGCCAUUCAUAAAAAAAUCAUACAGUGUGCAGGGCAACCAUUCGACCACUCGUCCAUCCGCUUCUGUGCUCAAAAUGGAGAAUACAUCGUCCUGGAUACCAGCUGGUCCACCUUCGUGAACCCCUGGAGCAGAAAGGUUUCCUUUGUUAUCGGGAGGCAUAAAGUUCGCAUGGGUCCAAUGAAUGAGGACAUUUUCAUGGCUCCGGUCUCAUGCACGGGUCACAUGAAGAAUACGGACUCAGAUAUCCAGGAAAUAACAGAGCAGAUUCAUCGACUUUUGCUGCAGCCGGUUCACAACAGUGGGUCGAGUGGUUACAGCAGUCUUAACAGCAAUGAGUAUCUUCAGGGCAUGACCUCCUCCUCUAGUGAGAGCCUGAACAAUGGUAAACAAGGAAAAAAACAAGAAAAGGAAGGGGAGCAGAGCAGCAAAAGCAGACCUCGUACUUUUCAGGAAAUUUGUAAGGGAAUUCAUCUUCAGAAGAACCAAGAGCAGCAGAUGGCAAAAUCAGAACACAAACGAAGCAAUACCAUGUCAGGACAGAACAGCCAGGCGGUUGUACGUCUCAAAGACUCAGCUCCCCCGAUCAACUGGAGGGAGGCCACUGCUGCGGACAGUCGACUCUCUUUUCAUGAGGAGCUUGACCUUAACGAUCAGACUGCCUACUCCUACCAGCAAAUCAGCUGUCUAGACAGUGUUAUCAGGUACUUGGAGAGCUAUAAUGUUCCUGUCCUCAUGAAGAGAAAAUGUCAGUCAUCCUCCAACACCACCUCCUCUAACUCUGAUGAGGACAAACAGAAGAAGUCACAUACUGUGCAGAUCUCUGAAGAACCAACCUUAUCGAAGGAUCAGUCUCGUAUUUCUGCUUUGGAUGAUCCUCACAAAAAGACCAGUGACCCCGCCACUGCGGUAGUGGGCACUUCGAUGCCCCUACCAGUGCCAAACAAACCAGAAAGUGUGGUGUCCAUUACCAGCCAAUGUAGCUACAGUAGCACUAUAGUGCAUGUUGGGGACAAGAAACCUCAGCCAGAGUCAGAGAUCACAGAGGAUGUACCUGUUGCAGGAGAUAUGCAAGAAUCCAGCCAGAACAUCAACACUCCUCGUCCAGUUUCACCUCCUAGUCAGGAGAUGGAGUCCUACAAGAAACUGGGUCUGACUAAGCAGGUGCUGGCAGCUCAUACGCAGAAGGAGGAGCAGACCUUUCUCUGUCGCAUUCGAGAGCUUCGAGGACUCGCUCCCCACAAAGCAAACGGCUCCCCGCCCCCGGACCAACAAAGAGAUGAACGCACCUCCACUGCUGCGCACACUGUUCAGCCCAGAAAGCAAGAAGGUCAGAGACCAGAGCGGACGCCCCGUCGAGGAACACGAAACAAGAAGACCAAAACCAAGAGAGCAAAGCUUCUCACUUCUCCAAGCACUGAGGCUGCCCCUCACAAGGAGCGACAGCCACAGCAGCCCCCUCCUCAACCUCAGACAAACCAGAGCCAUAUGCAGAUCCCAGUAUCUCCAUCUGAUGCCUCACAGCCCGUUUUCCCUGCACCAUAUCCUGUCAUGCUGCCAAGCUACCCAAUGCAGAUCUACGCAAGAACAGAUUCUGCGUUGUCACGCACAGAAGCUCCACCACAAGACUUGGUGAAUAAUCAGGGUGCCCAACUCCCUUUGUUGUUCCCAGGCACUCAGUCUGUCCCCGUAACCUCUCAUAUGGUCACACCUAUUAUGGCUUUUGUGCUGCCCAACUACUUAUACCCUUUAAUUGGACAUCAAGCACCACCGGUGCCAGUGUAUCAGGUAGAUUCUGGGGGUGUCCCAAUGCAAGCGCAGCCAUUUGAUCAGACUGCUUUCCCAAGCCAGGCCGCCUUUGCAACCCCACCUUUCAUUAACAGUCAGAACCAGCUCAACCCAACGUUGGCAUCCUACCUGUCUCCACCUUUCUACUUCCCUUCCUCCAACGACACUCCAAAGCCCCCGGCGGAAGGCCGCUCCCGCUCCUCCACACCACAGUCUGGCGAAAGUGAAGGUCAGCCGUCCCCGCCUCUGUUCCAGUCCCGCUGCAGCUCGCCUCUGAACCUGCUGGAGCUGGAGUUCUCUGUGGACAGGCAGGACAACGCGCCUCAUGCUUCAGUAGGACAAGGGAGUAACAUGGCGGAGAGGGAGAAAGGAGCAAGUGCCAGCAAAGCAAAGGAGAGGGAGAUGAAAGAGCCCUCUCUCAGUCUACUUGGUCCAUCUGGACCCUUGUAUUUCCAACCCACAUCCUGUGUCUGUGAGCGUUUGUCUUGGGAUAAAGUGUGGUCUAGGCUUGGGUCUGGCAGCAAUGAGAGGAGUGAUGAAGGUAACAACAGUGAUGUCAUCUCAACAUCCAGCGACAUGCUGGACAUCAUCCUUCAAGAGGACUCCUGCUCAGCCACCUCCGGCUCCAUGGGCUCUGGCUCCAACGGCUUUGGGACUUCAGCAAGCAGAAUGACCAAGAGCAGGACGUCAGCCAGCAGCGCCUCGGCCAGUGGGGCAUCAGGCAGUUUUUCAGGAAGCAACAACAGCAGUAAAUACUUUGGCAGUGUGGACUCAUCGCAGAGCAGCCAGAAGCACAAAGGCCUCCGUAGGAGCAGUGAGGAAAGACCAGCGGAGACAGGGCUCCUCAAGUGUGUCCUGCAGGACCCCGUCUGGCUGCUGAAGGCCAACACAGAUGAGAAAGUCAUGAUGACCUAUGAACUGCCCUCGCGGGACAUUGACAGAGUGCUGGAAGAAGACAAUGAGAAGAUAAGGGUGCUGCAGCAGUGCCAGCCCCACUUUUCUGUGGACCAGAAGAAGGAGCUGUGCGAAGUCCACCCCUGGAUAGAGAAGGGAGAGUUACCCAAAGCCAUCAACGUUGAGGGAUGCACCUGGUGUGACAACACCUCAGAGACUGCAGCAACAGUUGGAGCAGAAGACCAGCCAGAUUUGGGACUGGGUGAUACAGAGACCGGAGAGGACUGCUGCCCAGAGAGGCUCAGAGGCGAACCUUUAACCUCUGCCAUGGUCUCCUGUCACUCGGGUCCUCCUUCAAGCUGCAGCCCACGGGCAGAAGAAGCAAAUCAGCAAGAGUUUUAAAGAAACUGCUGCUCUGCUGUAAAGAAGAAGCUGCCUUAGAUGAGCCGUUUUGCUCUGCGUUGCAGUACAAUCUGUGCAUUUGUAAAAUGUGAACGUCUGUGGUGAUUAAUUUCGUUUUAUUUUUAGCUGCAUCAGGCAGGGUUGCUUAGUUGCUUCUGGGAUAAAGGCCGAGCUUUGUGACUUCGUGUGUUUAAUGAUUUGCCUUCUUUCGCAUAUCGCAGUGUGGCACCUUGAAAGAAUUUCAUGCACUGAUGUAGGAGAUAAAACAUGUGACAAGGAAACAGAACAAUGUUCAUAAUCAUGCUCAAAGCAUGACAACAGAUGCCAAGCAAACAGAUGCCAGACUGUGAGACAGUUAAUGACAUCAGUAUUUCAGGAUAUUUUCCCAGUUAAGUUAGGUGAGGUGAAAAAAAUUUGGAUUUUUGUUGGGUUUUUUUGCAACAAGCUGUUGUUAUUCAUUCUCAUAAGGUACUGGAUGAGCAUAUGUGCACUUUUCUGGUGCUAAAAGGAAGAAUUAUUGGUAUUCCUUAGCAGCUACAAUUGCUCAAACUCAUUUUUGGGACUGGGAAAUUCAAACCUGUUAAGCUAUCCAUCAUUUCAGUCCCUUCUUCCCCACAUAAAAACAUGCUCUGAUUCUUGCCUUUAGUGGAGUAACAUGCGGUCCACCAAACCUGACAUAAAGGCCAGUUAUUCAUAAUAUAUUUUAUCUUAUUUGGUUAUUUAAGAAGCUCCAGGCAGAAUGUCAGCCUGGUUUGGUUUUUAUUGAUUGUUUAUCUGGCACUCCGUACAUUAUUGAAGCUGAGAGCAAGCUGGUAGUAAAAUGAGAAUAAUGGGAGGAAAAUGUGCAAUAUUUCCUUCUGAAAUGCCAUAAAGUAGAAACCAUAUCCCACAUAAUAAAAGCACAUGCAAUCCUGCAGUAUUUAUUAAGCUGAUCAGAAUAUUUUAACAGGAUAUGACUGAGCAUGUGCAUAAUGCUGCUUUUACUCGGUUGUAGUGUUUCAAAAAUAUUUUGUUUUUCUUCGGAGCCAGGUGUUACCAAACUAUGCUUGAUGUGGGUUCGGCAUAUUUUAGUUAUUUGUAUCUUAUGAAAUGCAUCAGUUGUUUCAGAUGUGAAAUUCUUAUUUCUUUGCACUCGUUAACCUUUGAAAAAGUCUUUGAGUAUAUAUAUACUGUAUAUAUAUGUAUAUAUUUUGCAUACAUGCUUUUUGAAUGCAUUUUUUAGAAAAAAAAAAACUAAAUUAAAAAACAGACAGGACCAAGAAGACUAAUGCUGACUGCAAAUCAGAAAGGGAAAAAUAACUCUGUGGUUGUUUACAGUGGAUAAGGUUGGUAGAGUAAGAGAUGACACCAGCUCAUUAUAAGCCAAAAACCUGAAAUGUUUGUUAUUAUUUUAGAAACUUAAGAUGCCUGGAGUUUUUUAUGUUAUAAUUUCACCUGACAAUCCAUGCUAUUUCUCUGUAACUUUUCUGAAUGUGUCAUUAGUCUGUCUGCUAUUUCAGCAGGCUUAUCAAGCACCUUUCUUUUUCGUGUCCUUAUUUUUUUCUUGGUUCAAUGAAAAUAAAAAUUUUCUUGACA